GGUUCUUCAUCCUCCUGACCUAAUUUAAAUGGCUCAAAUUAACCAAGCAUUUCGGUUUUUCUGCAAACGCCGGUCUUAACCUUAUUUGCUGUAGCACCGCUACUGCACACACAGACAUACAGCCGCGCGUGUUAAACCGUUGCAGGUGAAACCGCGUCUACACUGGGACGGUGUUAAUUAUUUGCCGGUGUAUAGGCUGCAGAUGGUAAUCGUCAUACCGUGGUUACUGACAAUGGGGGAUAGCCGGCCCGUUUAAUUUCGAUAUAAUUUUUACUGUGUGUUAUUAUGCUUUUUUCUCACAUUAUCCAAUCAUCGUUAUGACGCCGUAAAUGCGUUCAUGAUCGGUGUUUUUAUGGUCAUCUUGCGGAGGUUUAUUUAAUGCACCUGACGGUCGCGACUGCGUUGGGUUUUUUUAUCAGAGUGUCUCGCGCAUAUUUCCGGUGUCUUUGGUCAGUUGGAUCUAUAUACUUCUAGUCGACAAUCAUGCAUUAUUGGAAUUACUAUCUGUUGUUGGUCGGUUGGUUGGCGGUCAGUGUCCAGUGUGUCAAACAGAGGGAAAUUGAUUUUUUUCCCUGGAACAGCACAAGGACAAAACGGGGCGGCGGGGAUCUGGAAAUGUCGGCAUCAGAGAAACAAAAAAUGGUGACAUUUAUUCAGAAUGGGAUGACCGAUGCCUUCAAAGAGGCGCAGGAUGAAAUGGCCGCUUCCAAUGCCGUGCCCGAACGGCAGAGCUUGUGCUCGCAACAACAAGUUCCAGGACGCAGUAUGAUGUCCCAGAUACGUGCCAAUAAAUUCAACUGGCCCAAAGAGAAAUCCAUGGAGAUGGGCGUGCCGGCACGGAUGGCUGAAGUGGCCAUGGGGAAACUGAUGGACAAAAGCAACAUGGACCGCGGACAUAUGGCGCAGGCCAUGGCGGAGAUUGACGCCAGACAGACGCCCAUUGGUCGCUUCUGUGUCAACCGCGACCAGCGACCCUGUGAUCCGGGCAAACGCUACCGGGAACUGGAUGGCUGGUGCAACAAUCUCAGACUGCCCUUCUGGGGCGCUGCACUCACACCGGUUAUCCGCGUAACUCCGCCGCGGUACGACGAUGGGAUCAGUGUGCCGCGCACCCUGUCGGUGGUAAUGGGCAACCGGGGUCGUGAACUGCUGCCGGGAGCGCGUGACAUCAGUACGACCCUCAGCCAGGGUACAGACCGUGCCCAUCCAACCGUAACCUUAAUGGUCGCGCAUUUCGGCCAGUUUUUGGAUCAUGAUUUCGUCAACACACCAAUCAGUCUUGUGCAGAAUCAGCGCGGUGAAGCAGCACCACCACAAUGCUGCAACGUACCAGCGGCCUGUCGUGAUGCCAGUUGUUUCCCCAUUGAUAUACCGGCCAAUGAUCGCUUUUAUGCUCAAUUCGGCGUGAAGUGCAUGGAAUUCGUCCGUUCAUUGCCGGCUCCCAAACCCGACUGCACAAUGGGCCCACGUGAUCCCAUGAACCAGAACACGCACUUCAUCGAUCUGUCGCAAGUGUACGGUCCGUCGGCCGACGAGAACAAGGCACUGCGCGCCGGUGAACGCGGCGGAUUACGCAUCAACACCUCACCCUUGGCCAUUGAUUUCCGUAUGAUGCUCAUGCCGGCUGAUAAGGACACUCUGGACUGUCAGCGUCUGGAUGAAUCGAGGGCGUGCUUCAAAGCCGGAGACAAUCGUGUCAACAUUCAGACAGCCUUGACGGCCCUUCACACCAUUUGGUUGCGAGAGCACAACCGGAUUUCCGACUUCCUAUGGAAUAACCGUCAAGACCUGCCGGACGAUAUCUUAUUCGAGGAAACCCGGCGUAUCAUGAUCGGUCAAUGGCAGGCCAUCGUGUGGGGCGAAUUCGUUCCCGUACUGAUCGGAGACCGUAUUGCACUGGAUGAACGCAAUGGAAACCGAUUGGUGGCGGAAGGUGUUUUCAACGGAUACAAUGAUAACGUCAAUCCAGGAACAUGGAUCGAAAUGUCAACCGCAGCCUACCGGUUACACACUUUGAUUCAAAACUGGCUGCCCAUCAAGAGAAAAUUCAAUGAGAGCUUCAAACCAUUCCACGAAUUCUUCUUCACACCCUAUUACAUGUAUGAACCAGGUGCGUUGGACAAUCUGGCGGAGGGAUUGUGCCACGAAAACGUCCAGUCCUUCGACAACCAGAUCACACCGGAAAUGCAAGAGCAUCUCUUCCAGGCGGUGGACGAGCCCUUCGGACUGGAUAUCUUCGCCCUCAACAUACAGCGCGGCCGUGAUCAUGGUUUGGCAACGUACAACGAUGUCCGUGAAUUUUGUGGUUUACCGCGCGCGAGGUCAUUUAAAGACUUGGAAGACGUGAUGCAGCCCAAGGCGAUUGUUGCUCUGGCCAAAGUGUACAGGCACGUGGACGAUAUCGAUUUCUACGCCGGUGGAAUAAGCGAAAACCCGGUGAAUCGUGGUGACGGCUUGGUCGGGCCGAGUUUUGCGUGUAUCAUUGCCGGUCAGUUCCGUGACUGGCGAGUGGGCGAUCGGUUCUGGUACGAAAAUCCAGGCCAGUUCCUUCCAGAGCAACUAAAAGAACUUCAAAAAUCAUCCUUAGCCGGAGUUAUAUGUGCUAAUACCAAUAUUAAAAUGAUUCAACCCAGAGUAUUUUUGGAUUCACAUGAUAAAUUAAAUCCAAGAAUUCCAUGUGCAAACAUGCCGCAGAUGGAUUUGUCUAAAUUUUUAAUAUCGCUUCCCGGUGGACCAAGAGGAUAAGCGACGCAAGCGGAACUUGAUAUAAUUUUGUUACUUCGGCGUAUGAAUCUCGCACAGAGCGACACAUUUGUGGCGGAUUUACAUGGCGUCUUGCAAUUGUUACGGCUGCGACAUGAUGACCUUUCCCGUUAGAUGUCUAAUUGGCAAGGGUUGGCGUCUGCGCUCAACUCUCUCUUUCGCUGGGUUUUUCAUUACCACAUAGCAGAUAUAGAUAGUACUGGACUCUGUUUAUCUGCUUAGCCUUUUUGUAUACACCUUUUUUCUGUUGCUGCUACAUACAGCCUUUUUUUAUCUGAUGUUCCAUAACUGUGUGCUAAAAUUUUUGUAUACACUCCGUUUAUAUUGAACAACAAAAAUUGAUUCAUCAAACAGUUAAAGAUGUUCUAACGA